AUGGCCUCUUUGCUUCUGACUGCGCUGACUGUCAAUGGCCAGCUCUUCGAAGGUCCUUCGUUGCUGCCACCAGCAAAGGUGACCGCAACACAAAGACUGCAUUUCGAGUCGCCGGAGCAUUGCGCUACGAUGUAUGCUAGCGAGGCUGUGGAGGUACCAGUGCGCAUCGGCCAUGAUCUGCCACCGGGCCAGUGCGUGACUGUUGCCGCACGCAGCGCUCGAGAACGCGUGUGGUACUACAUAGUGCCCCCUUCGGCAAACUACGACCAGCGCUGGCAGUUCUGCGUCGACGAGCACUCCUCGGGGAACAAAUAA